AUGCUGCACGAGGCCGAAAUUGUGGUAUACCAGCAGUACUCUCCCCCUGAAGUCCAGCGGGUGAUUGCGUCAGGAAGCAGUGCGUUCAUUGGAGAAGUCGACGCAUCCACUGUUUUGAAAUAUCCUCUCGCCCAUGGUGGAGACAUGAGCCGGCUUGAAGUGGAAAGGAAGCUUCUCGAGGUCGUGGGACACCAUCGACGGAUCAUAGGAUUGAAGAGGUUCUCGAAUAGCGGGCUUUACUUGGAGCGUGCUAUAAAUGGAAAUUUGGCUGACUAUAUCCUCGAAUCGGUCGACUCCCCGCCGUCACUCCAGCAGAGGUUAUCCUGGUGCCAGGAGGCAGCUGAGGCAGUUGCAUGGAUCCAUAGUAGGGGAGUACUUCAUUGCGACAUUCAGCCCGCAAACUUCCUUCUCGAUGAGGAGUUCCAUCUCAAACUGUCUGACUUCCAAGGGAAGCACUUAUCAGAGAAUGGCACUGUGCUCCUCGAUGGAGGCAGCGGCGAACCUUGCAGAUUCUAUUGCCCCCGAGAGGAUCCGUUUGAGGCAGACACAAAAACAGAUCUCUUUGCAUUGGGUUGCACUAUCUACUUUAUCAUGAUGGGCCACCCUGUGUUUCCCGACAUUGUUGAUGGGGAAGACGGAUGGUAUGAAAAGGUCAACGAUAGGUUUGCGAAGCAGCAGUUCCCACAGGAUGUACAUGUUUGCAGUGAAAUUACUCUCAAAUGCUGGCUCAAAGAAUAUGAAUCUGCCAGUGACUUAGUUCAAGACCUCGAGUCUGUCAGAAUGGCUUUGUCAGACACUGGAUGUACAUAA